CGUGGCAGCUCCUGGACCAGUUGUACUGGACACUGAUUUAACUCACCAGAUUAACUGGGAUGGCCGACAACUCGACAAGCUGAUUUUGUGGAGAAUAACUUUACCCAUCUCUCUGCCGUCCAAGUGUGCGAUCAUGAUCGCCCCUCUAAGGCCGUACGGUUCAACUUCUCCCUCGUCAACACUUCCGAAGAUCCCUAUAUCACGCUCUAAAUCACCGGGGUUACCGCUGUACUUUCACGUACCUGAGGGACUGAGUUGUAUAUUUCUGUUUUUAGGAGGCUAAUUUGGUCACAAGAAGAAAAAUGUUGUUGCUAGAAGCCUAGAAGAUACGAAGGCGGAUAAUUGCUUGAGUUCAUCAAAUGCACUUCCCUCUCUGCUCUCUCUCUGUCUGUCUCACACUCUCUAACAGACAGACGCUCGUUCACAUUAUGGUGUGAGUGAAUUGUAAUUGAAUUCCUUUUCUAUCAAGCCAAUGCAAGCAAAUCAAAUUCUGGUGGAUUACUCUCAAUCUAUAGCCUCUUCAAAGAUCAGAGUUCGCGAAUUUCUGUUCAGAACAAUUUAAGAGCGAACCGGGGUGGCAUUUAGAAAUGCAAGACAUCCAUUCAAUUGGAGGUGGAGGCAGGUUGUUUGGCGCCGUCAGUGGUGGUGGAGGAGACCGGAGGUUACGGCCGCAGAACCACCAGGCGUUAAAGUGCCCACGCUGUGACUCGCUUAACACCAAAUUCUGUUACUACAACAACUACAACCUCUCGCAGCCUCGCCACUUCUGUAAGAGCUGUCGGCGCUACUGGACUAAGGGCGGCGUUCUCCGUAACGUCCCCGUCGGUGGUGGUUGCCGCAAGACGAAACGCUCCAAGGCCAAGCCAUCCUCUGGCAACGCAUCUUCCCCACCGCGGGCACAGCAACAACAGCAACAAGAGGGCAAUUCGAAUAAUUCUCAUUCUAGCAGUGAGAGCUCUAGCCUCACGGCCGUCACGAACGCCACCACUGCGAGCACAAUUGAGGCCGUUUCUGCGAGCUCUCCUUCCAAUAAUUUGUUAAACAACAGUAUCACGGAGCCUAAAUUCUUCACUAAUGCAAACCCUAACGGUUUCGAGCCUUCGUUGCUGGAGCAUGGAUCGGACUGUGGGAUCUUCACGGAUAUGGGGAGCUUUACGAGCCUGAUUACGUCUUCGAACGAGCAAUUGUCGUUCGGAUUUGGGAAUAUACUGAAUCAAGAGGGGCUGGAGCAGAACCGACAGUGGCACGAGCAGGAGCAGAAGAUGAUGAGCGUUGGUGGGGAGGAAUUGCAGAUGGGGGGAGCGUUCGAUCAGACUGUUAACGUUGAGUUAUCAGGCUUGCAGAAUAGAUCAGGGAAUGGUGAUCAAUUUGGAUCGUUGGAUUGGCAGGGGAGUACAGAUCAAGGUUUGUUUGAUAUUCCUAACAACGUUGAUCAUGCAUACUGGAAUCAGAGUCAGUGGACUGAUCAAGAUCAACCUAAUAAUCUCUAUCUCCCUUAAAAAUGAAAAAUCUCGUACCUCUUUUAAGUCCUUGACAACAAAAGACAAACAAAAACCUAAAAAAAUUCCAAAAAAAAGGGGGAGAGAUGAAAAUAUGAAUAUGACUCUUGCUUCCUGUAAAUUUUUAUUUUAUUUUGAUAUUUUAGUCUGGGUUUGGAUUCGAUAUUUAAGUGGAACUGACUUUUUAUUGUAUUUUCUUUUAUUUAUUUUGUGGUUGCUCCCUUAAUUUUAAUUUUGGGGGCUUUGCUUCAAAUGUAUCUGGAGUUAAAUUGAUAAAUAUAUAGAGGAAAUAUAGAGUGUUUAAUUUG